UAGUGAGUCAAGACCCCUCGAUGAGGCGCGGAAUUGCUGUUGAUUGUGCACCGUCACCAUGGUGGAACUCAGGUCUGGAACUAGUACCACCCCCUACAGCAAGGAGCAAGAGGAGAGAGCUGCCGCUAUCCUGCGAGAGAGGAAGGAGAGAAUGGAGAAGAGGGAACUGAUUAAGCAGGCCAAGAUGCUGGCCCUGCUGGAGGAGCAAGAGGCAAAGAAGAAGCAGAUGGAGGAAGAGUUGAAGAAAUGGACGAAGGAGCAGGAGGAGAAGAUGGCGGCUAUACAAGCGGAUGUGGAGAAAAAAGAAGAAGAAGAAAAACAGGUGGAAGAAGAAGUACCGUUGGAAAGGACAAGAGGUGGAGCCAGUACGAGUAAGGACGAGGAGAUUGAAAAGACCACACAAGAAUGGACCGCACAUUUGGAGUUGGGAGAAGAUAAGGAGGCAGAGAUGGCCAUACCCCAAGCAGAGAGAGAAGCAGCGAGGAGAGAGUUGGAAGCAGAGAGGGACCCGAUGAGGAGAAAGGUGAAAAAGGAGGAGCAGCAGAGGGCAUGGAAGUGCCGCCUAUCUCAAGAAAGAGUUAGGCGUUUGGAAGCGGCAGAAAGGGCAGAGAAAAAUCUGAAGGCGGCGGAGACUAGGAUGGGGAAGACCGGGGAAGAAACUGAGAUAGCCAGUCAAGGAAAGUAUAACGUGGUAACCUAUGCUCUGAGUAGGAGAGCUGAUUACUUCGGCGCGAUAGUGCACUAUCUAGACAUAGGGGCCGAUCUGCAGCAGAAAGUAAGAGAUGCCUAUGCACAAGACCCGAUUUACAGUGAGCUGAUGAAGAGAGUAAGGGAAGCCCCAGAUAGCGAGCCGCACUACCGAACUAUGAACGGGCUACUGUUUGAGAAGACCAAUGUCACUGAUAGACUGUGUGUCCCCAACAGUGAAGAGAUCCGCAGUUUAAUCCUAGGGGAAUGCCACGAUACGGAAGGACACUUGGCAGAAGACCUUAGCUAACCUGAUGAUGUCAUACAUGUGGCCAGGAAUGAAAGCACACUGCAUAG